UAUUCUGUGUUAACCGAUUAACCAAUGUAAUUGAAUGUUAAAUUUGUGCGCCCUGUGCCGGCCGUCGUUCUGAUUUCUGUGUGCCGUUCAUAACUUCAAGUGUUUGGCGCCCAGUGCUUGUUGUUGUUGAUAAAUGCGUUUCAACAUAGUAUUCACAUGUACAGGGGUUAUCACUGCGUGCAACGAACGCGUAUCUUUCAGCCGCAAUGUCGUUAUUGUGGUUGUAAAAAAGUAUCAACAAUUAGUAUAGCAAAAUCGAAAUAGUUUCAGUCAGUUUACAUUUUUCAACUGCGCCAUUCGAAUCGACUCGGCACAGAAAUUCAUUCAAAAAAAUUACACAACACAACAAAAUAUCACUGAUUGAAUGAAAAUCACUUAUUUUCGGUUUCUGUUCAGUUUGUCAAUGGUUUAACUUUAUUCAAAGAAAUUUCCUUGAAAUAAAUUUGAAAAAAUGAAGUUUCAAUUGAAAUGAUGUUAUAUAAUAAGUGCCAUAGUUAAACUCAUUUUAUCUUCAUCUUCGGAACCGUUGUUUUAAAUUACUCUCUCAAAAAAUUGAUACUUCUUUCGAAAUUUUCACUAAACUCAUUGAAGUUAAAGCGAGUCAAAGUGUUUUGAAUUCGGAAAAAAGCAGUAACCUUCUGAAAUUAGUUCAUUACUAGUGGAAAGCAAUUGUUUUCGGUGAAAUAUGCGUUUGGUGAUUUUAGAAACGUCAAAAAGCGUUGGAGAAUGGGCUGCCAAAUAUGUUGCGAAGCGGAUAAAAGACUUUCAACCGGGACCGGACAAAUAUUUUGUGUUAGGGCUGCCAACGGGUAGUACUCCACUUGGAAUGUAUAAAUACCUCAUUGAAUACCAUCGACAAGGGAAAAUUUCCUUCAAAUAUGUCAAAACGUUCAAUAUGGAUGAGUAUGUAGAUUUGCCACGCGAUCAUCCACAAAGCUAUCAUCAUUUUAUGUAUCAGAAUUUCUUCCAACACAUUGACAUCGAUCCAAAGAAUGUGCACAUUUUGGAUGGGAAUGCUAGUGAUCUGAAUGCCGAGUGUGAACGAUACGAAGCGGAAAUUGUACGAGCCGGUGGUGUUGAAUUGUUUAUCGGUGGCAUUGGAGCCGAUGGCCACAUCGCAUUCAAUGAGCCCGGAUCGUCGCUUGCCUCACGGACCCGCGUCAAAACACUCGCCGAAGAUACACUUCGAGCGAACGCUGCCAGCUUUUUCGAUAACGACAUGAACCAAGUCCCAAAACAAGCGCUCACUGUUGGAUGCGGCACGAUUUUAGACGCAAAAGAGGUGAUGAUUUUAAUCACUGGUGCCCAGAAGUCCUUUGCAUUGUAUAAAACGAUCGAAGAAGGUGUAAGUCAUAUGUGGACAGCGAGUUGCUUGCAGCAACAUGGCAACGUAUUGCUGAUUUGUGAUGAUGAUGCAACGCUCGAGUUGCGUGUUAAAACAGUUAAAUACUUCAAGGGACUGAUGACUGUGCAUUCGAAACUAAUUGAAGACAGCACCGACUAAUGACCACAUCAAACGCUUGGAACUAUUGACAUGACCGUGUUUUUUUUUUGUUACUUUCCACAUUCAAUGGUUAAAGGAGUUUUAUGAAACUGUCUCAAGCUAUACUCAAUGACAUUAAACAAUUGAAUGUUGUUUAAUAAAUUCGAUGUUUUGGUUUAAAUCGA